AUGGAAUUAGAAUUCUUUUGUUCCCAAGAGGAAAAAAAAACGAAGCAAGUACCAUUAGCCCGCAGCGAGUUACCCCAUUACGCACGAAAAACUACUGACUUAUAUUUUCAAUACCAUUUUGGCUGGGGCGAAGUUAGCAGUAUUAGCGACCGCGGCAAUUAUGAUUUAUCGCAGCAUAGCCAACAUUCACAAAAAGAUUUAAGUAUUAACAGAGUCAUUCCUCAAGUAAUAGAAGUUUCUUUUGGAGUUGAAAGGUUAAUGUUAGCAAUGUUAGAAGACAGUUAUCGGGAGGAAGCAGUAAAAAAUUCCGAAGCCGAAAAUAAAGAAAGAAAAGUAUUAAAAUUACACCCCUUAUUAUCUCCUUAUUUUGUGGCUAUUAUCCCGCUUAGUAAGCAAUUAAAAGAAUCGGCUUAUCAGUUGUAUCUCAAUUUACUAUCCGCAGUUCCAUUCAACCUUACUUACGAGGAGGCUCCUAACGUUGGCAAAGCUUACCGACGACAAGACGCUAUCGGCACUUAUUAUUGUUUGACCGUGGAUUUUGAAACUUCCCACGAUAACAUGAUUACUUGUCGCCAGCGUGAUACCAUGAAACAAGUCAGAAUAAAGAUUAAAGAUAUUAAAAAUUAUUUAUACACUGAAUAUGAGACCCAUUUCCAAAAUCGGCAGAAAGCCCAAGAAAUAAGAUUUGAAAAAGACCAAGAAAAAUUAGCAGAAAAAGUUAAAGAUGCUUCGCAAUCCGAAAUUUUUUUCAUUAAUGAACGAAACCUAGCCAAAAAAAAAAAAUUGCUGAGUAGAUUACUUUUAAACGAUUGUAAUCCGAAAUUAACUGCUAAACAAAAAAGUCAGAUAGAUAACUACUUAAAAAAUUUAGAUAUUGCCCCCGUUGACUAUAAUGAACUAGCCACCCAGGAGUUAACGCCCACUGAGGAAAAAUUAAAAAAUCAUGGGGUUGAAAUGAUUGAACCGGAAGGAUUUACUAACCCCAAAGAAUCCAGUAAGGAAAAAGUCGUGUUGGGUCUGACUACCACUGAUAAACAAGAAAUAAGAAUAAUUACUGAUGGACCACGAAUUGGCACCGACUCGGAUGGAAAUCCCAAAGAGGUUAAUGAUUUAAAUUAUUCCGAUAUUUCCUGGGAAACUUUAACCGAAACUAUCGCUCAUGAGUUAGCCCAUGCCAUAGUCAAUACCCUCAUGUAUGAUGGUAAACCGAUGCUGGAUGAUGGCGGUCACGGACCACUUCACGAUGAUUUUACCCAUCGCAUGAAAACCAAGUUUUUAACCAAUAAUGUCGCCGUAAUAUCCUAUCAAUUAGAACAAGCAAGAACAAUUUUAAGUUCCCAAGAAGUUGGUAAUUUGGCUUCCCGAUUAGCAGUUAUCCAGGAGUUGCGAGCAAUUAUUCUUGCUUGCCAACGAACUUUAACCCAAAAUAAAGGCUGGGUAGUAGUCGGUCGUGAUAUAACUUCGGAACAAAAAAAUCUAGUGUAUUUGGAUAGUGCAGCCACUAGUUUAAAACCUAACAGUGUUAUUCAAGCGGUUCGAGACUAUUAUGAAAAAUAUUCCAUUAAUAGCCAUAGUAGUGGUAGUAAUCGGUUAGCCCAAGAAGUUCAGUCAACCAUUCAACAAACUCGGCAAUUAAUCGCUCAAAAAAUUAACGCAAGACCGGAAGAAAUUAUUUUUUUACCCUCGACCACUUAUGCUUUAAAUAUUUUGGCUUUGUCUUUGAAAAAUCAUUUGGAAAAAGGAGACAAAAUUUUUUUAACUCAUUUAGAACACACCAUUGCUCAGGAAAAAGAGGUACAAGUUAACUUCUUACCUUUAAAUAAGAAUUUCACUAUUGACAUUAAUGUUUUGGGUAAAUAUAUUGAUAAAAAAACCAAAAUAGUUAGUUUUGUCCACAUGAGUAAUAAUUUAGGAGUAAUUAACCCAGUCCAGAAAAUUACUCAAAAAAUUAAAGAACUAAAUCCGAAUUGUUUAGUAAUAAUUGAUGCUUGCCAAAGGGGAGGAAAAAAAUUUGGACCCCUUUCCCUUACUAGUGGUUUGUCAGUCGCUCAAAAAUUCGAAGUAGGUACUUUACCCUUAGCCCAAAUUUUUGGCUUAAAAAAAAGUUUGGAAUUUCUUAAUAGUUUAGAUAUCCAAGAAAUAAGUAAUUAUGAGAAGGAAUUAAAAGAUUAUGCGGUAAAAGAGUUAGCAAAAUUGGAAAAUAUUAUUAUUUAUAAUAAAAACUUGGAAACAGUGGAUAUUGUUCUUUUCAACUGGAAAGAUUAUCACGCCCAUGAUAUAGCCGAAUAUUUGGGAAAGAAUAAUAUUUGUGUGCGAACUGGUGAUUUUUGUUGCCCUUAUUUAAAAGAGUUAAUCGGAGUAGAAUCCGCUGUCAGAAUUUCACUUUUUAUCUACAAUACUAAGGACGAUAUUGAUAAACUAAUUUGUCAUUUGAAAAAAAUUAAAAAAGAACCCGAAUUAUUAACUCCUUUUCCUGAAUAA